UAUAUAGAUAUGACAUUCAUGUUCAUAUGUUAAUUUAGUUUGAUUGAGAUAGUAAAUAUACUACAGAUAUACAUAAUUCUAAUAUGUAUUUAAAAUGGAUUGUAGAUAUCAUUUUAGUAUUCCUGUUUGGAAAUAAGGAUGUCGCGUCUGAACAAAAUGCAAGGCAUGUAGUAGCUACAACGAAAUAUGGUGAGAUAAUUGGCUUUACUGAUCACAUAAAAUUUGAAAAUCAGAGUUUUCAAGUGCAGACAUAUCUUGGAAUACCAUAUGCUGAACCACCGACAGGACAUUUACGUUUUGAAAAGCCUGUCAUGAAGGCCACACUUCCUUCACCGUUUAAGGCUUUCAAAUAUUCGUUACGAUGUCCUCAAAAUAAACUCGAACUUGAUACCAUGUCUGAGGACUGCCUUUAUCUAAACAUUUUUACACCAAGUUCUUCCGGUGCUACAACCAAACCAAAGGCAGUCAUGAUUUGGAUCCAUGGUGGCGGAUUUUUUGAGGGAUAUAGCGACAUUUAUGGAGGCGGCGUCAUCAGCGCUCUCAGUGACGUUAUUGUUGUAACACUUAAUUACAGACUUGGUGUUUUAGGAUUUUUCAGCACUCACAACACUAUGGCGAAAGGGAACUAUGGAUUGUGGGACCAACAUUUAGCUAUACGGUGGGUGAAUGAGAACAUUGCAAACUUUGGAGGUGAUAGAGAUAAUAUAACGAUAUUUGGAGAAUCAGCGGGUUCCAGCAGUGUGAUCUACCAGAUGAUAUAUCUUGGGAAUAAAUGUUUAUUCCAAAGGACCAUAGCUGAAAGUGGUACAAUUGCUGCUUGGGCCGUUACACAUGGCAAUGCAAAUUACGAACACUCAAUUAAGUUUGCAGAAUCGCUCGGGUGCAGCGACCUUUCUAAUGUUUCGUUAUGUUUGAAAAGUAAGCCAGAGGCAGAAGUUAUUUCAGCUGCUCUACAAAUGCGCUCAUUUAAUGAAGUAAAUAUGACCUGGGCUCCUGUUUAUGAUAAUGAUUUUGUGGUUUCUGAAACCUAUGAUAUUUUAUCGGAACUUUCUGAUCCUCAAUACAGAUUAAAAUAUGCAAACUUUUGGGAGAUAGAUUUAAUGAUCGGGGCAAAUAAUUUUGACGGUGCUGUGUACCAGGACUUGUUUAUGUUAUAUAUAAACAAUACAACACCAACGUUUAUUAGCUAUAACAUUUCAAAGCAUCAGUUUAAUGAUAUCAUUGUUCCGAGAGUAAUUGAAGGAUUUCUUGGCGAAAUACCAACAAAGCUGUCAUCGGAUAUGACCAUUUUCCAAUAUACUGAUUGGGAAGACCCAUACAAUAUGACUAAGCGUUUGCAAAAUACAUUGGAUAUUUUAACGGAUUCCCUCCUUAAUGCACAUUCUAUAUCUACCGCGAAAUCACAUGUGAAUGCCAAAACCUCGACUUAUGUGUAUCAGUUUUCGGCAAAACCACCGAAAAGUAUUGUACCUAUAGCUCCCCCACUUGAGGGUCCACAUGUUGCCUGUCACUCUGAUGAAAUUCCCUUUGUCUUUGGGUUUGCAGACAACAUUUUAAAGUAUUGGAAUUUUACUGUCAAUAUUAUCAAACCUUCGGAUUACCAAUUAUCAAGAGAAAUGAUAAAAAUGUGGACUAGUUUUGCCAAAUCUGGAAGCCCAUCGAUUACAAAGGGUAAAAUUAAUCAGGAUAUAAUAUGGCCCAAGUAUGACCUGUUUGAUGAGAAGUAUGUUGAAAUCACUCCCUCACAAUGGAAAUUUAAUCAGCGUCUAAGGGCAAGUCAGGUAGAUUUCCUUAACUUAGAGCUUCCGGAACUUCAAAAGAAAUAGUUGGCAAGUUGUGUCAUUUAUGUUUCAAUGUUAUGACAAUGUGUUAGUUUUUACAUUUAAUACAACAAUAACAACUUA